AUGAUGGACUCGACGCUGUCGAUUGGGGCUGGUAUGACAUCGAAUGCGUCGAGCACAAAUAGCCUGAUUACAGGCAACAGUCAGAAUCAACUCGGCUCGUCGUCAGGCCCGUGGAGGAUGAAGCUAUCCAACAUCAAGAACUCGAUCAUGGGGACGCCAAGAUUCCAUAGAAGAAAAAUGAGCAACGGGCAGGAGAGCGACACGGAGGACAGCCAAAUUUUAGACACCACCGAUCUUGUCAAGAAAUCGUGGUUCGGCUCCUUGACCUCGUCAAUGAGUGUGGAGCGUGAGGAUACGCAUUGUGUACCGGUGCAAGGGAGGACGUUGAACGGGAUCAAGGCGGAAUUGAUACGAGCAUUUUUGACUAUCCACGAGCUCUCCCACUCCGUCGUCGGGCAGAAUUCCUUCCGGGUCGAGUACAAGCGAGGACCAACAUAUGGUGGAAGUGUGUUUAGUCGAGGCGUCAAAAUGAACGUCGACAUUAUCAACAGUACGCAACAACUCCCCGGUGAAGCUCCAAUGUACGUCGUGCAGUUCUCACUGCUUGCUGGUCCCGUCCGAAGAUUCAAGCGCCUCGUCGAGCAUUUGACGUCAGUUCUCCAAAAUGCUACGCAGCAGAGGUCCGACCGCCAAGCAGCCACCCAAAUGAUGGUGCGCCCCCGGAGAUUAUCCGAUUCCUCGGACAAAAUCGAAUCUGCCAUCCAUGCCGAGCCCGGCAACAACUACAGCCGCCACUCCAUGAAAUCGGUCGGCUCGAAGAAUGACUACACGAAGUCGCCGGGGCCGCAACGGCGAAACACGUCGGCUGUGAUCAUCCAGCCCAGGCAGGGCGUCUCCAGAUUCGCAUCGAAUCCGGUGCCCGCGUUAAUGCAAUGUGGGACGUCGAAUUCGAAGACGAGUCUGGAUCACACUGCCCCAUUGGACCCGUCGGUGUCGCCACGCCCGUUGCCCCACCCCCACUCAUUCACCCACUCCGAGCCCACAACCCCAAAGUGCCUAAACUUCUCGACCCCGAACCCGUACACCGGCCGCUCGAAUCUCUCGAUAAUGGGCCCGCCGGAAAAUGUC